CUUUCUUUAAUCAGUUUUAAGUAAGGACUACCCUCAUUUGGACUCGCCAAAUAUAAAAACAACAUUUUUCUCUUAAAUGGAACAAAAAAUCUUCAUCAAAACUAAUCAGUCAACACUGUGUUAUUGUGAUAAUUGUGUAUCAAGUAGGAAUGCUUCAAGUGACACGUCCAACAUGCAUCAAGUAGGAGGUGUAAUGGUUGGAGGUAGUCAAAGGUUGUAGGUGCCAUAUGCAUAGCAAACUAAGUGAAAAAGGAUUUAAUAUAGUCCACAAGCUUAAUUGCUUAUAUGAAGCUAAAAUGAGAACCACACACUGUGUUUUUGUCUGUCUAUAGAGAACUGAUUUUCCCAGAUGGCCAAAACCAGAGACAAAUAUCUUAUCUGUUAAGUUGUUGUGUUAAAGAACAAGUAAAGAAACAAAAACAUGUUGAGCAAAAAUCUAACAGAAAUCAAAGAAGAUCAUGAACAUGGUUAUGAUAGACACAAAGAUUUGAAGGCUCUUGAUGAAUCAAAAGCAGGUGUAAAGGGCCUUGUAGACGCUGGUUUAUCCAAGCUCCCUAAAAUAUUCAUUCAUGAACAGGAUAAAACAACCACUUCCAACAAUCUCAGUAUUCCACUCAUUGACUUUGGACCUCUAUUUACAAAUCCAACAAAUUCAAGUUCACGUUUUGAGAUAAUUGAGAAAGUAAAGUAUGCAAGUGAGAAAUGGGGGUUCUUUCAAAUAGUCAACCAUGGAAUUCCAACCACUGUUUUGGAUGAAAUGCUUGAUGGGGUGGUUAGAUUUCAUGAACAAGACACUGAGAUCAAGAAAGAGUUUUAUUCUCGUGAUGUUACUAAAAGGGUGUAUUAUAACACCAAUUUUGAUUUGUAUGUUACUCCAGCUGUUAAUUGGAGGGAUACUCUCUCUUGUGUUAUGGGCCCUCAGUCUCUUGAUCCUCAGAAACUGCCUACAGUUUGCAGAGAUAUAACAGUUAAAUAUUCGGAGUAUGUUAAGAAAGUGGGAAUAGUUCUGUUUGAAUUGCUUUCUGAAGCAUUAGGCCUCAAUUCCAGUUACCUCAAGGACAUAGAUUGUGCAGAAGGAAUUUUUCUAAUUUCUCAUUAUUACCCACCUUGCCUUGAGCCCGAACUGACUUUUGGCACAAGUGCUCAUUCUGACAGCAGCUUCCUCACUAUUCUUCUUCAAGAUCAACUUGGUGGCCUCCAAGUUUUCCAUGAAAAUCAGUGGAUUGAUGUCACACCGAUUCCCGGUGCUUUGGUCGUUAACCUCGGUGACUUAAUGCAGCUAAUCACAAACGAUAAGUUUCUGAGCGUUAAACACCGAGUUCUGGCACAAAAAAUUGGACCAAGAGUUUCGGUAGCAUGCUUUAUCAGGCAGCAUCUUUCCCCUGAGAAUUUAAAACGAUAUGGACCUAUAUGUGAGUUGCUUACACCAGAGAAUCCUCCUAUUUACAAGGAAACAUCAGUGAAGGAUUUGGUCUCACACUACUAUGGGAAAGGGCUAGAUGGUAAGUCUGCACUAGAUCACUUCAGGCUGUAAAGUAAGAGAAAUCAAUGAAUAAAUUAGCAGAUAGGAAUGAAAUUUGGUUGAAAUGUGUAAAAGUGAAAAUGCAACAUGUCUUGUUUGUAAACUCUCUCCCAUCUUGGUUUCAUGUAUUACCUUUACUUUCAAUUUCAAACAACAUUUGGUGUAAACUAAGUUGAUGAAGCAGUGAGUAAGAGUUCUAAAGUA